GUCUAAGAACCUUGUUCUUUCUCAGAAUGAAAGGAAUAAAAUAAUCUUUGCUACACCAUGGGAGUGAAGAUGGGGCCUCCUCACAUCUGCCACGCCCUGGUCAUGCCAACACUCCAGAUGUCAUGGGAACUGGAAACAGCUGGGGCUGUUGCAUGCAGGCUGCGUGUGAACGGCUGCUCCAUCUGCAGAAACCCAAUCCCUCUGUGAAACCAGCAGCGGAUUAGACACUUUUGAUAAGGUCCUCCAGACAUUUCUAUCACAAAACCUCCUGCAAGACUAAAAGGCUUCAUCUAUCUUUACUGCCCAGUUAUGCUUUUGAAGUGUGGAGCUUUCACCUUGAAGAUCACGCAUGCCUGUGAUGCAACACAGUUUAUUCCUCUGUGUUCCAAACAGGCCAGUAAUUGACAGGGCUUAGGCCAAUUAUUCAGCAUGGAGAUGGACAACUGAGGGCUGAGUUUUGGUCUUACUGAGGUCAUGGAGGCAUGGAGAAAGGGGGAGGGCGAAUACAGUGUCAAGAACACUUAAAUAAGUGGAGUUACCAAGCAAGAAGGAGCUCAUAUUAUUGGGAUUUCAGUCACAUGGCUUCACAAGUCACGUUUGGAGCUGCUGACUUGUUUAGCUGUGAUUAAGAUCUCAUCAGCAGGAAGAUUUCAGUCUCUGAGCGCUGGAGCGGCCAUGUCCACUGGCCCCAUCGCGACUAAAGCGGACAGGAGGACAGCCGCCCCUUGCAAGAGCCCAAUUACCCGCCUCACCCCCAGCCGGCAUUCCGAGGACGCCACUGGCCGUGUGGGGAGGAGGGUCAAGCCGGAACGCCGCACGCUCUCCAGGGCGCUCCACAAGGAGACUCGGCAGAUGCAGAGAAACGCGGCCAAUGCGCGGGAGAGGGCCAGGAUGAGGGUGCUGAGCAAGGCCUUCUCCAGACUGAAAACCAGCCUGCCCUGGGUCCCGGCGGACACCAAGCUAUCCAAACUGGACACUCUGCGACUCGCCUCCAGUUACAUUUGCCACCUUAGACAGCUCCUGCAGGAUGAACGCUUUGAGAGCAGCUUUGCGCAUCCAGUAAAUCUGGUAUGAACCGACCCAGAAGGCAUGAGACAACUUUAAAACUCUAUAAUAAACUUGUUACGUACUUACAACUGACUGAAGCAAUUAACAUUAAAGAAAUAAUGUGUUUUUGUCCUGUCAUAAACAGUAAUAUUUUUGUGUUUUAUAAAGUUUUAUGAGUGGAUUUUCUUUGCAAUGGAGUGGAUGCCUUAUUUUUUUCAGACAUGGCCUUUUCUGAUGACUGGACGACCAGAAGAAGACAUUUCAUCUCCUGUGAGACUCUGCGGGGCGACAGCAUAGAGGUGCUGCACCAAUCCAACAAGACCAUCUCCAAAGAGCUGCACAAAUAUAUUGUCUGUGUUUUUUAUUUUAUGCUUGUGCAUGCAUCACUUUUUAAUUUUUUUUAUUUUAAAUCCUGUUAGUUUUCUUCAUAAAUGUUCACAACACAAAUUAACAACAUUUCCAUUGUAAAAGCUUUAGAAAUAAUAAGAAAUAACAUCCCAUGAUUACUGCUUCAGUCUUAACUGGUUAUACUUCCAUUAAAACCUACUUUUUAUU